AUGCAGGGAAGUGUACCAUGUCUUACACUAGGGGGGGGGGUGGGGGGGUGGGGGGGGGGGGGGGGGGAGGGUGGGGAAGGGGGGGGGGGGGGGGGGGGGGGGGGGUGGGGGGGGGGGGGGGGGGGGGGGGUGGGGGGGGGGGUGGGGAGGUGGGGGGGGGGGGGGGGGGGGGGGGAGGGUGGGGGGGGGGGGGGGGGGGGGGGGGGGGGGGGGGUGGGUAGUGUGGGGGGGGGGGGGGGGUGGGGGGGGGGGGGGGGGGGGGGGGGGGGGGAGGGGGGGGGGGGGGGGGGGGGGGUGGGGGGGGGGGGGGGGGUGGGGGUGGGGGGGGGUGGGGGUGGAGGGGGGGGGUGGUGGGGGGGGGGGGGGGGGUGGGUGGGGGUGAGGGGGUUGGGGGGUGGGGGGGGGGGGGGGGGGUGUUGGGAGGGUGGAGGGGGGGGGUGGGGGUGGGGGGGGGGGGGGGGGGGGGGGGGUGGGGGAGGGGGGUGUGGUGGGGGGGGGGGGGGUGUGGGGGGGGGGGUGGGUUGGGGGGGGUGGGGAGGGGUGGGGGGGGUUGGGGGAUGGGGGGGAGGGGGGGGUUGGGGGGGGGGGGGGAGGUGGGGGGGGGGGGGGGGGGUGGGAGGGGGGGGGGGGGGGGGUGGGGGUGGGGGGGGUGGGGGGGGGGGGGGGGGGGGGGUGGGGGGGGGGGGGGGGGGUUGGGAUUGUUGGGGGGUGUGGGUUGGGAGGGUGGGGUUAUGGGGAGGGGUGGGGGGGGGGGGGGGGGGGGGGGUGGGGGAGGGGGUGGGAGGGGGGGGGGGGGGGGGGAAGGGGGGGGGGGGGGGGGGGAGGGGGGGGGGGGGGGGGAGAGGUUGGGAGGGUAGGUUGGGGGGGGGGGUGUGGGGGGUGAGGUGGGGGGGGGGGGUGGGGGGGGUUGGGGGGGGGGGUGGGGGGGGGUGGGGAGGGGGGGGGGGGGGGGGGGGGGGGGGGGGCGGGGGGGGGGGGUGGAGGGGGGGGGGGGGAGGGGGGGGGGAGGGGGGGGGUGUGGGGGGGUGGGUGUUGAGUGGGGUGGGGGGUGGGGGGGGGAGGGGGGUGGGGUGGGGGAGGGGGGGUGGGGGGGUGGGGGGGGGGGUUGUGGGGUGGGGGGUGGGGGGGGGGGGGUGGGGGGUGGUGGGGGGGGGGGGUGGGGGGGAGGGUGUGUGGUGGGGGGGGGGGGGGGGUGGGGGAGGGGGGGGGGGUGUGGGGGUGGUUGGGGGGGGGGGGGGGGGGGGGGUGGGGGGGGGGGGGGGUGGGGGGUGGGGGGGGGUGGGGGGGGGGGGGGGGGGGGGGGGGGGGGGGGUGGGGGGGGGGGGGGGGGGGGUGGGGGGGGGGGGGGGGGGGGGGGGGGGGGGGGUAGGGGGGUGGGGGGGGGGGGGGGGGGUGGGGGGGGGGGGGGGGGGGGGGGGGGGGGGGGGGGGGUGGAGGGUGGGGGGGGGGGGGGGGGGGAUGGGGGAGGUGUUGGGGGGAGGGGUGGGGGGGGGGGGGGGGGGGGGGGAGGGGGGGGGAGGGGGGGGUGGGGGGGGGGGGGGGAGGGGGGGGGUGGGAGGGUGGGGGGGGGGGGGGGGGGGGGGGGGGGAGGGGAGGGAGGGGUUGAGGUGGGGUGGGGGGGGGGGGUGGGGGGUGGGGGAGUGGGGGGGGGUGGGGGGGGGGGGGGGGGUGGGGGGGGGGGGGGGGGGGGGGGGGGGGGUGGGGGGGGGGGGGGGGGGGGGGGGUGGGGGGGUAGGGGGGGGGGGGGGGGGGGGGGGGGGGGGUUGGGGGGGGUGGUGGGGGGGGGGGGGGGGUGGGGGGUGGGGGUGGGGGGGGGGGGUGGGGGGGGGGGGGGGUGUGGGGGGGGGGGGGUGGGGGGGGGGGGGGGGGGGGGGGGGGGGGGUGGGGGGGGGGGGGGGGGGGGGGGGUCGGUGGGGGGGGGGGGGUGGGGGGGGGGUGGGGGGGGGGGGGGGGGGGGGGGGGUGGGGGGGGGGGGGGGGGGGGGUGGGGGGGGGGGGGGGGGGGGGGGGGGGGGGGGGGUGGGGAUGGGGGGGGGGGGGAGGGGGGGGGAGGGGGGGGGGGUGGGGUGGGGGGGGGGGGGGGGGGGGGGGGGGGGGGGGGUGGGAGGGUGGGGGGGGGGGGGGGGGGGGGGGGUGGGGUAUGGGGGUGUGGGGGGGGGGGUGGGGGGGGGGGGGGGGGGUGGGGGGGAGGGUGGUGGAGGGAUAUAAAAUAGGGUUGGGGGGUUGGGGGUGGGGGGGGGGUGGGGGGGUGGGGGGGGGUGGGGGGGGGGGUGUGGUGGGAGGGUUGGGGGGUGUGGGUAUGGUGGGGGGGGGGGGGGGGAGGGGGAGGGGGGGGUGGGGGGGGGGGUGGGGGGGGGGGGGGGGGGUGGGGGGGGGUGGUGUGGUGGGGUGUGAGGGUGGUGGGGGUGGAGGUGGGGAAGGAGGGGGGGGGGUGGUGAGGGAGGGGGGGGGGGGUGGGGGGGGGGGGGUAGGGGGGGGGGAGUGGGGGGGGGGUGGGGGGGGGUUUGUGGUGGUGGUGAGGGGGGGGAGAGGGGGGGGGGGGGGUGGGGUGGGGGGUGGGGGGGGGGGGGAGGGGUGGGGGGGAGGGGGGGGAGGGGGGGGGGGGGGGGGUAGGGGGGGGGGGGGGGGGGGGGGGGGGGGGGGGGUGGGGGAGGUGGGGGGGGGGGGGUGGGUGAAGCGGGGGGGGUGGGGGGGGGGGGGGGUGGGGGGAGGGGGGGGGGGGUGGGGUGGGGGCGGGUGGGGGGGUGGGGUGGGGGGGGGGGGGGGGGAGGGGGGUGGGGUGUGGGUUGGGGUGGGGGGGGGGGGGGGGGGGGUGGGGGGGGGGGGGUGGGGGGGUGGGGUGUUGGAGGUGAGGGGGGGGGGUGGGGGGGGGGGGGGGAGUGGUGGGUGGGGGGGGGGUGUGGGGGGGGGGGGGGGGUGGGGGGAGAGUGGGGGGGGGGGGGGGGGGAUAGGGAGGGUGGGGUGGGGGGGGGGUGGUGUGGGGGGAGGGGGAGUGUGGGGGGGGGGGGGGUGGGGGGGUGUGGGUGGGGGGGGGGGGGGGGGGGUAGGGGGGGGAUUGGGGGGGGGGGGGAUGGGGGAGGGGGGGGGGGGGGGGGGGGGUGGGGGGGGGGGUGGGGGUGGGGGGGGGGGGGAAGGGGGGGGGUGGUGGGGGGGGGGCGGAGAUGGGGGGGGGGGGGGGGGGGGGUGGGGGGGGGGGGAGGGGGGGAGGGUGGGGAGGGGGAGGGGGGGGGGGGGGGUAUUAGGGGAGGUGGUGGUGGGGGGUGGGGGUAGCGGGUGUUGGGGGGGGGGGGGGGGGGAGGAGGGGGGCGGUGGGGAGUGUAGGGGGGGGUGGGGGGGGGGGGGGAGGGGGGGAGGGGGGUUGGGGGGGGGGGGGGGGGGGUGGGGGGGGGGGGUGAGGGGCGGGGGGUUGUGA